CUUGGGCAGACCCAUGGGACAAGUGGCCUCCUGGCUGGGGUGCCUCUGUCCCAUCACGCUGUUACCCACUGAACAGUGUGGGUGCUUACUUUGUACUGGUACUUGGCUGUCACCACAGCCCUGAGGUGGGGCCAACGCUGGCCUUGGCUGGUGAGACCAGGGCUCAGGGAGAAGAGACACCUUGCCCAAGUUCACGCCAAGCUAGGACUUGAGCCAAGCCCUCGCUGACUCCAGCGCCCAUACUCAGCCACAACAUUAUAGUUCCUGCUCCUGCCUCUGUGUUUAGCUGACCCCGUGCCAGGCGAUAGGAAUCCAAAGAGGAGCCCUGCUUGUUACUGCAAAGUUCCAACAUGACCAGCUCCUGCCGUGCGCCAGGCCCCUCCUGCGGCCCCUCACACUUCGCACCCCUUGUGUCAUCUCUGGCCCUCCAGGCUCCUCACCUGGGAGCAGGGCGCGUGAUGGUGGUAAAAAUAGGUAUGACAGUGUGUGAAGUGGGAGGGAGGGAGGUGGGCAGCUGAGCCCCUGCACUAGAGAAGGUGCCAGCCUCCCAGCCCUGGAGCCCAGUUCGGAGCCCCGCCCCUUCCCCCUCAGUGGCGGGCCCUGUCACCGGGUCUGGGAGGCCCCUUGCUCAGGUUCUUGCUCUCGAGGGUCACCUCAGUCUGGCUUAUACUCCGCGAACCAAAGCAAGGAGGAGCAGCUCACAGAGCGGUCCUGGCUGCCACCCAAGACCCCCACCAGUGCCCUCGGGGAUGCCUCAUCACCCUGGCUUCUUGGCCCGCCGCGUUCCCUCCGUCCCCGGCCUGUGGAGGCGUUUCUGAGUCCCUGGCCCCAUGUCCAAGCCCCCAUGGCAGGCACUGCAGAGGUGAGCCGGGGGCAGCCACGGCGGGUGAGCAUGCGGGAGCACAUGGCCAUUGACGUGAGCCCCGGCCCCAUCCGGCCCAUCCGUCUCAUUUCCGACUACUUCCCGCAUUUCUACCCCUUCGCUGAGCAUACCCUGCGCACCCCCGAGCCACAGCCUGCAGUGACCCCCGCACCCCAGCCGCAGCCCGACCCAGAGCCAGAGGGAGAUUCAGAUGACAGCACUUCCCUGGGCACCCUCGAGUUCACGCUUCUUUUUGACGCGGACAACAGCGCUCUGCACUGCACAGCUCACCGUGCCAAGGGUCUCAAGCCACCGGCCUCAGGCUCUGUGGACACCUAUGUCAAAGCCAAUCUGCUGCCAGGGGCCAGCAAGGCCAGCCAGCUGCGGACCCGUACGGUUCGGGGCACAAGGGGGCCUGUCUGGGAGGAGACACUCACCUACCACGGCUUCACCCGCCAGGAUGCUGGGCGGAAGACUCUGCGGCUGUGUGUGUGUGAGGACCCACGGCUGCGGCGACGGCGGCGGGCGCCUCCCCUGGGGGAACUGCGGGUGCCCCUGAGGAAGCUGGUGCCGAACCGAGCCAGGAGCUUCGACGUGUGUCUGGAGAAGCGGAAGCUGACCAAGAGACCCAAGAGCCUGGACACAGCACGUGGCAUGUCCCUGUAUGAGGAGGAGGAGGUGGAGGCAGCAGGGGAGGAGCGGGGACGCAUCCUGCUGUCCCUGUGCUACAGCUCUCGGCGGGGCGGCCUGCUGGUGGCUGUGCUGCGCUGUGCCCACCUCGCCCCCAUGGAUGCCAACGGCUACUCGGACCCCUUUGUCCGCCUUUUCCUGCAUCCAAAUGUGGGGAAGAGAUCUAAAUACAAGACCAGUGUUCGGAAGAAGACCCUGAACCCCGAGUUCAAUGAGGAGUUCUUCUAUGCAGGCCCAAGGGAGGAGCUGGCCCAGAAGACGCUGCUGGUGUCUGUGUGGGACCAUGACCUGGGCACAGCUGACGACUUCAUUGGUGGGGUACAGCUGAGUAGCCAGGCUGGCGGGGAACGCCAGUGGCACUGGUGUGAAUGCCUGGGCCGCAGUGACCACCGACUGGAGCUGUGGCACCCGCUGGACGGCGUGUCCCUCCAGCUCAGCGACUAGAAGGGGUACCCGGCCUGGCCCUGCUCAUCACCCUCCCGAAAACUGACCCGUAGAGCUGGGAGGACCCAGAGCUGCCUCACCCACUAUACCGAGCCCCACGUCAAACUGUUUGCUUUCCUGCCCACCCUUCCCAGUUCAUCCCGCGGCCCAUCACAAAGCAAGAAUAAAGCUGCGGACCAGA